UUUUUGGCAAGACUGGACAGACGUUCACAAAUGGAGAAGUAUGCCAAAGCAUUCGUACCCGAUGUUGCCAAUGGACUUUUUUGAGACAACUUUUCGCGUAAAGACAAGCUAAUGAAACGAAUAAAAGACACGCUACUGUUGGCAAGAACUGUUCACCAUCGUACCAGGAUGGUGGAAAAUCAAAUUGAAUUACGGAUGGAAGUCUCCACGCCUGCUUGAAGAUGAAUCUAACGACGUAUGAAAAAUUAAAGCCAUCAGCAAAACCAGGAAGCACCUGAAGUUGCAUUCAUGGCUGGAAAACGAGUCCCUAUCGGGGACAGAGCGUCGAGUUGUCUUCAAGAAAUAAAAAGAGCCCCGACGCCGCCUGCGGUCCAAAAGUAUCACAACAGCCACCGACCGGGGCCCGGCGUGAUCCGAGUGCACCACGGGAAGGCCAACGACCCGAAAGUGGCCGACACGCUCGUUCACGGCCUCUGCCGGAAGUCUUCGAUAACGGCCGCGGUCACACUCAACCCGCCACCUCUCACCAAGUUCCAACAGAAGAUGCAGGAGAUUAGCGAGGCCGUGUACGCGUCGCAACAGAAGGCGCCGCUUGGCUGCACGCCCAACCGAUGUGGACUUCCCACCUGGUACAACGAGCAAACCACGUUUGGAAUGAAAACUCCUCGACAUGUGGAUGCAGUCACUGUGAUUUAUCCUCCUAAAACCAGGGAGGAGUUGGACAGGGAGGAGCAGGAGUCACAUGAGGCUUAUGUUCGCAGUCACAACAGAUACUUUGUUGGUGAGCAAAUAGAGAGGAAAUACAACUACAAUAAAGACAGCUGCUUCGGGAUCAAGACACCUUAUCACAAAGAUGGACGCUACGUCGGCAGAAGUCUGCACUGGUUGGGGGAGUCCUCAAGGAUCCACAAUCCAAACCCUGAGUGGCAGAGAUCCCCUGGCAGCAGGGAAAAGUUGGAACGAGAAAUUGGCAACGUGAAGAAAAACAAGAGAGGAAACAAUGUUGAGGUUUCAUCAGAACACACUUUUGGAGUCAUCAUACCUCAAGACGAAUGCGGUGUCGGAGAUCUGAUCCACUCGGGCCAGCAGCCGGCGGGCAAGCGAGCGCGAGCCGCCGAGCGCCAGCGUUGCCUGGCCAACGCCGUGCGGACCCGCCUCAAGAUCAUCAAUUCACAGAACUUCCCGUCGUUGCUGGAGGCCUUCAGGCACUAUGACAAGAAAGGUCAAGGACGCAUCGACAAGGAAGACCUGCAGGAAGUGUGCCGACACUUUGAGGUCGUCGCCAGCGAGGCCGUUCUAGAAGAUGUGGUGGAUGACUGCGAUACUGACCAAGAUGGAUUCAUCAACUUCUUAGAGUUCGCCAACUUCCUCACCUUGAAGGAGAAGAUGCCGCUGGACCGACGAGAGCAGUACCUAGUCAUGGACGCUCAGUUCCAAACCGGCUCAGACUGCACCAGGUUGCGAUCGUCCGGACUUCCCGGUCCCGGGGCUUUGCUCAAAACUCAUGACUUGGAGCCGUUCAAGAUUGGCAGUUCAAAGAGGACCGUGAGGACCCUCAGAAAACCUGACCCGGUCUCGGACCGCUUCAUCACCACCGCCUCCUUCAUUGGGGCGGCCGCCGGAGAGCCCCAAGCAUCCGACACUCGCACAUUUGGGGUCCCAUCGGUGCGGACCGACAAAGUGCCCCCGCGCAACCGGAGGAUCAACGACAACGUCAACUACAACGACAUGACCACAGCGUUGGACCUUUUGCUGCCGUCGGUGUACGGGCGCCAGGGAGUCUACCAGGAGCACUUUAUCUGCCCGCGUUCCAAGGAAGAGAUUGCUGAGAUCUUCGGGAACGUGGGCGCGAACAUUCCCGAGGAAACUUUCGAGGAGGCCUGGAAGAUGGCGUCCACGCGCCAUCCCGACGGCGACGUCUGCGUGGAAGCUUUCCAAACGGUACUCAAGGAAAUCAAAGCUUUGUAGCGAGAAUAAAAUUAGCAAGAGCAAAAUAAUAAAAUAAAAAUAAAAUUAGAGAAGUACAAAAAUCAAAUAGCAAUAGUUUUUAUUUUGGUGCUAAAUCUGGCAUUUUAUGUCACCAUAUAAUCAUUAAAAAAUGGCAUUAAUGGAAAAAAAAAAUUUUUGUUUUCUUUUAUCUUGUGAACAAAAAUGUGUGGUGCAAUGAUGUGAACGUAUAAUUGGGUCAUGCAAAUUAUUUGAUGUUUUAUCAUUUGUUGUGUGUGAAUAUUAUAUUUAACGUCUAAUUCCAUCAGAGACAAAAACAAUUUACGGCUUCACGGAGCUAUUUUGCCAUCACUUUCACUAAGCAGAUUAAUGAAGCGUCUCCCUGGCACGCCGCCUCGACUCGUUGACACUGUGAAAUAGUUUUAAAUAAAUCAAAAUAUUAAUUAAUAACGCGUGCUCUUUUGUGGUUAAGGGAGUGACGCGGCAGCGUGACAAAUAGUUUAAACGCCGCGUCCGCCGCCAUCGCUUUACUGAGCUAAAGUCAGUACGCUAUCGUCACUACGCUAAUCUCAUUAAGACGCCAAAGAAAAAUUAAUCCUCUCGUGCGUAUGAACUGAUUGUCAACAUGAAGAAUUACGCAGAAGUGUCGACGUCCCGCUUUUAUGUGCGUGGAAUGUGUUUUGUGUUCUUUGUAUGAGAACUGUGUAGGGGAAAAAAAAGGGGAGAAAUGUUGAAAUUGACGUGUUAUAGAACCAAUUUAUCCCCUGACAAGUGUCAGUUAUGCACUUUGAGAUCAAAGCGUUAAUUGGCUACUUACUGCUUUAUGACAUGCCAUUUUUUUAAUCCAGUGGGGUGGUAAAUAAAGAUGGGAAUCCAUGAAAAGAUAGCAAUUACAAAUCUAUCCAAUGCCUUGAUGAUUCUCGUCGACUUGUUGAUUCUAGGGAAUCACAAUAUGAUUGAGAUAUGAUUUCACUGAUGUCAUGAGCAUUAUAUCUAUUUAUGCUGAUACAAAUGAUGUUCCUGCAAUUAAAGAUUUGCGAGCGUAAUCUUGUCACGUGAAAUAGUGGUAUGUCUAAAAAUAAAGGCCCAGUACUUCUAAAUAAAUUAGAAUGAUGCCAAAGCUUUAUUAAGUUUGGUACACUACUUGUGAAAAGAUUUUUACGACCCAUUUAUCCCAUAUUUUUCCUAAAUUUGAAAUUCAUGCAGUUCAAUUUCUUCUAUUACUCUGAAAUCAAAAUAGGGG